AUGAAGCAAGACCUGCAUGCGAUAUGUUGGAAUGCUCGAGCUCUAGCUCUUGGCAAUGUUUUGGCCCAUUCGGGGUCUGGCAGAACAGGACCCUCGUAUUAUUUUCCUUACAGUGACCAGGCAACGGGGCCAUCAUGCGCCUUUGCAGGUUCAUCUACUCUUUUAACAUUACAAGGUGGUCUUCUCAGAAUUACGAAUGCGACGCACCGCAAUUGGACCAUCGUUGACCAGGUUGGGCACAACAUCUCGAGUUUUGAGCUCGACGAAAACAACCCUGGAUUCCGCGCGUUUGCCUUCGAUGGCACGUACGCCCGAGUUUUCCAGACCAUGGACCAGGGCCGCACCUGGACGCAAAUGACUAACAAAGAGUCAUUUUGGGACAGCGCCGAGGACAAGAACAAUCCAAAAGUCCGCCUUAACUUUCACGUGCAGACGAAUGCAUUCGCCCUUGAAGACAUUCUUGUAACUGUGGUACGGUGUGAGAGCAUCACAAAAGAAGUAUCAUCGUGUGAAGCUUCCACAAGCGUGUUCGUGUCCGUCGACGGCAAGCAUUUCCGUCGACGAGCAAAGAUCAAGGCGCCCGACGGAUGCCCGAUCAGUUACCGAUGCUAUUUCUCCGGCUCAGAUGCGGGAGCUAGAGUGAUUUGCGAACUGCGCGUCUUGCUGCCAUCUCCUAAGGGCGGCUUUCUGGGCCAAGAUGUUGGACUGUUUUAUUCCGACAACCACGGAAAAACUUUCGUUGCACUUGAGGAGUUUAAACGCCAGAUGGUAUGGUGUCUGCAGGCAAUCGGCAACUUCAGCACCGUGAUAACUGUCAAGCCCAAGAAGUGGUACCGAACUGAACCUAGCUUCGAACUGUGGAUGUCACGUGACGGGAGCCGCUUUGAGAGGGUUGACCAAGCGACCAGCCGCAGAAUGCCUAUGGUCGAGUCUUUGGAUCAUUCCUUCAAAAGGCAACUCGUGCGUUUGAGGAGUGUUAUAGAUGGACAACUCACAGAAACGAUAUUGGUUGCAAAUUCGCACGGACCAUAUCUCAAGUAUCUGGUGAGGUUUAGACCAAACACGCAGACCGCUUCUCUCAUUAACGGACUUUCCGAUAGUGUAACUGCCAUUUUACAUCCCUUGAAGACUUUCCCCCAUGAAAUGUCCGUUGGAUUGGAGCGUCGCGCUAUUUCAACAUCUGACGCCAGUCGAUCUUUUCGCUUACUAAAUCUCCACGGCCCUGCGCGCGAACUUGUCUGCAACCCGAAGGAUAACGACGACUGCUACUUUAAUCUCCUGCCGCCUGAGAAGAGCCUGCUGCACGAAUUCCCUGGGGCCGUGGCACUUGUAGGCACCGUAGCCAUGGUUGGGGGCCCGUCUCGCUCAAAGCCUGAGCCCAUAACGUUUGUGACAAGAGACAGCGGGAGGACCUGGCACAAACUCCUAGACUUUCCGGCGCUUGUGGCCUUUGGGGACCAUGACAAUGUCGUCGUAGCCGUUCCUUCAAGAACGGAUUCAGAGAGUCCGCUACUGUAUUACUCCACCGAUCGGGGCAAUUCCUGGAGCCUGCACCGGUUUGAAAAGCCCAUAAAGGUGCUCAGUAUUUCUCGAGCUUCCGCAGACAUUUCUAGCGCGAUCUUCAUAAUGUCAGCAAAAUCUGCGGAAGACGGCCAUAGACGCUACGCGAUAGACUUUUCGGAUGUGAUUGCGAACGCACAGCAGCUUAAUUCUUACUCCGGAGAAGCCUCUGGGUCAAUAUCUGAGGGGCAGAAAGUCACAAAAACGAGGGAUCCGGUUAGGGCUUUCCGGGCUACUACCUCACAGUCGACCGUUACGCACCGCGAGCCUACGUAG